AAAAAAGCCUUAAAAAGCCAUACUUUUGUGCCAAGAAAUCAAUUAGCAAUGGGUGCUCCAAAUUUGAUUUUUCUCAUUUCUUGUAUUCUCCUAAACCUUCCCCUUAACACUGCUCAAAUCUGUUCCGACUCAGGCAAUUUCACUUCCAACAGCACAUACGGCGAAAACCGCAACCAAAUUCUCUCUUCCCUCCCUUACAAUGUCACCACCAACAAUGGAUUUUUCACGGCCAGCCUCACCCAAGACUCCGAAACUGUCUACGUGCUUGCUCUCUGCAGAGGCGACAUUUCGAAUGAUUCUUGUUUCGACUGUGUCAAUUACACUAGCCGGGCAAUGCUGAUGAAUUGUCCUAACCAAAAAGAAGCCACGAAUUACGGACACUACGCUUCUAAAUGUAUUGUCCGGUGCUCCAACGUGUUGUUUUUUGAUAUCAUGGAAACGCAACCACCGAGAUACAUAUAUAUUACAAGUGACAUCACGUACUCUGUCGACGAAUUCGACCAAGCCUUAAAUAGUUUGGUUGAAAGCCUUAUAAUCAGGGCUGCAAUGGGUUCUUCUACAAUCAAGUUUGCUACAGGUGAAGGUAAAUUUGGAGGGUACCUGAAGAUAUAUGGUCUUAUGCAGUGUAUUCCUGGAAUUGCUUCGGUUGAUUGUAGCAGAUGCCUAAGGGGAGCGGUGGACGAGUAUCGGAGUUGUUGUUUUAGAAAGAGAGGAGCAAAUGUUCUGAGACCAAGCUGUAUGUUUCUGUAUGAUUUGAUUCCCUUUUUCGAAUCUUCAGCUGGUGCUGCACCGCCCCCUCCACCCCCUUCGCCGCUACUAACUUUUGCUCCUCCGCCAUCCACCAAUGUGACAACGAAGGAAGGCGCAGGGAGUAAGAGUAGCAAAUUUCAGACUACUAUCAUCAUUGUUGUUCUAGUGAGUAUCUUCCUCGUAUUCGUUGGCCUUGCCUGUGCCUGUUUUCUAUUAAGGAAGAGAGAGAUUGUCAAGGAAAGGUUGGAUUCUGGUCGCCCUUUCAAUUCUGCUUGGAGAAGAGCUGCAGGAAAGUUAUUUAGGGUUUCGAACCAAUGUGGUGCGCACCAUGCUGGUGAAGAUGCAUCACAAUCUUUGAGUUUGGAUUCCUUGAGAUUUGAGUUUUCCACAAUAAGAGCUGUGACUAAUGACUUUUCCAAUGCUAAUAUGCUUGGGCAUGGUGGAUUUGGUUCGGUCUACAAGGGUAAGCUUGCAAAUGGCCAAGAAAUUGCUGUUAAAAGACUUGAUGGUUGCUCUGAACAAGGUGAAGGGGAAUUCAAGAAUGAAAUUGUGUUAAUGGCCAGGCUCCAACACAGAAAUCUUGUUAGGCUCCUUGGCUUUUGCUUCGAAGGAAAAGAAAGGCUUCUUAUAUAUGAGUUUCAGCCCAAUGCAAGCCUUGAUCGGUUCAUUUUUGAUCCAAUCAAGCGGUUGCUAUUAAAUUGGGACACGCGUUACAAAAUCAUAGUAGGAAUCGCUCGUGGACUUGUUUAUCUUCACCAGGAUUCUCAACUAAGGAUCAUUCACCAUGAUCUAAAAGCGGGUAAUGUUUUGUUAGACGGGGAGAUGAACCCCAAAAUUGCCGAUUUUGGCAUGGCAAGGCUGUUUGUUGUUGAUCAAAGUAAAGGAGUCACCAAAAGAAUUGUGGGCACCUUUGGCUACAUGCCUCCCGAGUAUGCAAAAUUUGGGCGAUUCUCUGUGAAGACUGAUGUCUUCAGUUUCGGUGUUCUAAUCCUUGAGAUAGUGAGUGGGAAGAAGUACAGCGGCUAUGGUGGACCAGAGCAUGUGGAACAUCUUAUAAGCUAUGCAUGGAAGAAAUGGAGACAAGGUAAAGCUUCGAGAUUGAUCGACGAAACCCUAGUGGAUGGUUCGAAAAGUGAGAAGAUGAGGUGCAUUCACAUUGGCUUAUUAUGUGUGCAAGAAAAUGUGGCCAAGAGACCAACAAUGGCCGCAGUUGUUUUAAUGUUGAAUGGCUUCAGCAUGAGUCUUCCUUUACCCUCAAAACCUGGAUUCUUUGUGGGAAGUAGCACGGAACCAGACACGGCCUUAGGAAACCGAUUUCCUCCGGUUACUAGUUGGCACCAUUCCCAAGAGCAACCUGUGAACGUAUCUGUAAAUGAGGCUUCAAUUACAGACCCAUAUCCUCGAUAGCAUCCAGGGAUCUGCUUAUAAAUUUGUUAUGGCUCAUAGCAAUGCCCGUAGGAGCUGCAAGAUUUUUGCCCCUGGCUUUUAAGGUUACCUCCUUGAUGGUUUGGCGUCAAGCAUUAUUGAAAGCAAUGCCCUGGGAGCUCCGAAUAACCUUUGCGAUCAUAUUAACUAUUAUCAAUAGUUUGUAUCAAAUGUGCCAAGAUCUGAAAGUGGUUCUCAGCCAUUCGAAAUAGAGCACGGGAAAAGUUUUGGUUUUUUGGAAUUUUCGAGAACUACUUUUGACUGUUGUAGAGUAGGAGAAAUCUGCCAUUUUAAUUUGCUGAUGUAACACAUUCUUUGAUCAUUUUAAGUCCGUUUCAUUUCUUGAAGAUAAGUCUGGGUUUCAUUGUCUUGUUGUCAAUUCUGGACUUUUUGUUACGGUCAUUGAAUGUUACCACUGGAAAGACCGUAAGAAUGCGUAGCAGAGAUAGGAUAGGGACUUGAGGAGCGGUAAAUCCGAGAAGAACAUUUUCGUAAUAGGAGGCUUUGGUUCUUCUAGUUUCAAUUAUAGAACGAUUUUGAAAGAAUGAAGAACAAAAACUCGAGAUUUUGUUGAUACCAUAUAUCAAUGACACGAGAUUUAACAAGGCAUGCAAUAGGAAAUAGGUACAAAACUUGUUGCAGUGACAACAAAUUUGAGCUGAACUGUGAGUGAAAUUUUAUGUGUUUUCUGACUUCAUGACAAGACUCUGAUGGUGCACAGCACGCCCCCCCUGAGAAAUCGAUGUGAAAGUGUGUAUUGGGUUUGGCCAGGUCUUCGAUC